GAUCCAUUCCAUCAUAGCAUUGGCAAUGCUGUCCAGUGGUAUGAUAUCUUGCAAGUGCAUAUUGAGUGCUGUGCUGAAAGUAUUAUUGAACAUUGUCACCAAACUGUUCUCAACCAUCUCAAUCACAUGCAAUCUGCUCAGCAACCAUCAUUCACUGUGAUCCCACCAUCUUCCAAACAGUUCUCAUUGUCACAAUGUGCAUCCAUACUUGUCCAAAAGUGCCCAGCAUGUUUCACAGGUUGCACAUUUGGACAGCUGCUGAGUGACGGUGGUGAUAUUCAUAUUGCACUUGAUGGGAACUUUCACCAUCGUCAUCAGUGCUCAGCCAGUAGUUGUCCUGCAUUUUAUGACCCCACAUAUUUCAUUCCCAAGGUUAAAGUUGAUGAUGUUGGAUACCAGAUCAAAUGA